CUCGGGGCCCGUCAGGGGGCGGCUUGGCCGUGGGAAGCCCGAAUGAGGCGGUGCAGGGCGGGCUGCUCCGGCCCGGCCCUGAGGGAAGGGCCUCGGUGCCGAGCGCCGGGGGUUGGGAAAGGGCUCUUCAGCAGAGGGUGGUCGGGCAUGGAACAGGCUCUUCAGGGCAGUCACGGCCCCAGGCUGCCGGGGACGCUGCUCUCAGAUACAAGGUUUGGGUUUGGAGUGUUCCUGUGGGCAGCCUGGAGCUGGUGCUCCCUGUGGGCCCCAUCCCGUGGUGCCGUGAUCCCUUCUCCCCUGCGUUCAUCGCUCUGAAGUCACCGCUGUUCUGGCAGCGCUGCUUCGCUGUAAGGCAGUGAAAGAAGCGCUCCUACGAAGUGUGAGUUUAAGUGCGUUCUUAAAAUGGGCCUACGGGAAUGUGUCUCAUUGCUCAGAUACCCACAGAAUCAGCCUUAAAAUGCCAUUUAGUUAUUAGAUGUCUGUUUCGUUGGGCUUCAUUUCCUAGAACUUUUAAGUAACUUUUGAGCCUUACAUGUAAACUUGUAGCUCCUCUGCUGUUAACGUAGAGCUGAAUGUUAUGUUUGACUUUCUACGUUUUCUUUCUAAACAGGACAUAAUUAGCUAACACAAUACUCUAAUUAUUGAGCUCAUCCCACCGAGGUCAGUAAUGCUGCUUGCAUACUGUUUCUCACCACUGAUAAUCUUCAUUUCCUGCUAAUUACAGGAGUCCUAUUAGGACCCAACAGCAUUUUUAUUUUUAUACUCUGCCACUGACAUUACUUCAGUGCUUUCACAGAACUAGUUCAGGUGCGUACCAGAUUUGCAUCCCUUGCCCAAGGUUAACCAUCUUGUGGUAGCUCACCUGCAGCUAUCUGCAGAUUCUGUUCUUUCUUUCCUUACGAAAUAUGGUCACGUUCUGUAUGUCAUCAAACCCUCCAUCUCUGCCAUCUGUAUCCCCAGCUGCCAGGUUUUAGAAUUUUUUAGCAUCCUGUGCUUGUACUACAGGACUGUGAGAUCUCAGAAGUACCCUUGGAUUUUUUGAGUUUUUACCCCAAAAAAGCAUGCAAAACUGAGUGGAGCCUUGCAGUUCUUGUCCACUCAUGCAGGUACAUCUCAACUACAUAAAUGAAAGGCAGUGUCACGUUCCUUGCUGAGGUUUUUGUCUGCUUGUUUAAAUUGUGUUACAGGGUGGUUCUGAACCUCAUGAAGUGAGCAACCUUCUAACUAAGCAGCCCCAUCUAUCACCUCUUCUGUAGAUUUCAUUUUUUGGUUUUUACAAUAGGAGUUGUGAGGCACUGGAACAGGUUUCCCAGAGAGGUGGUGGAUGCCCCAUCCCUGGAGACAUUUGAAGGUCAGGCUGGACGGGGCUCUGAGCAACCUGAUCUAAUUGUAGAUCCCCUGUUCAUUGCAGGGGAGUUGGACUAGAUGACCUCUAAGGGUCCCUUCCCAUUCAAAUGACUGAUUCUGUUUUCUCCAGAGACAGUUGAUAGCACCUUCUUCGAGUAUCCAAUAACCUGAUACUUCCAAGAGUGUUGAAUUUCCUUUUUCCUUUCAGGCCCAAGUUUCCAGUCUGCUUCUUUGGUUUCUCCUUUCUCCAGUGUGCAAAUAAGAGGUUCUCCUUCCCAUGCUACCUGUAGCGAUGAUUUCCAGAAUGAGUUCUCUGGAAUGUUUUGAUGAAAGGAACAUUGAAAGUUUCAGAUCGCUGCAGUCUUCACCGUAGCCAUAAACGUGUACCUGAGAAUACUGGAAAUAGUUUCAAAGAGUGGGAAAUACUUAAGGUGGAUCAUAACAGUUGUUCUGUAGUGCUGGCUGCCAGCUGGUUUAUGUGUGUUCCUACAGCCAGAGCAGUGCUAACUGAGCUUCCUUCUGUUUGUUUCAGCCUGCCUAGCAAUUUAAAUCUCGUCUACAUGUCACUGCUCAGCUCCACCUCAUCCCUGAGGAUGGAUCCCAGUUCUGCCCUUCAGUAACUGGCUUUCAUCACACCCUUAGGCAGUCUGGGCGAGCUACAAAAAUACUAUUUAAAAUUUUAUUUUCACUUGUUCAGCUCAAGAAAGUGGCCUGGGUCACCCAAGGGUCAGGGGGAGGAGCUGCACUGACAGUAACCCCAACUUAGGUUAUUUUAGGCUCGGCUGGGUCUUUUCCUUAAAACAAAUCCCACUUUUGCCCUCUAAGUCUGAGCAAAAAAGAAAGUUUGUUGAAUCACAAAUCAUGUGACGGGGAUGAUUUUAGUGGCAUACAGAGUGCUUGUCCCCUAGUCUGGUUUGGUAUUCUAAUGUGCCAAAAAAAAAAAUCGAACCCAGUUAGGAGGGAAAUGUUUUCUGCCUGUUCAGGGAGCUGAACAGACUUAGUUGGUGGAUCUGGUGAGCAUCAGUGAGAGCAGCAGCCACAGCCAGGAGCGCCUGACAGGGGAAGGGGCUUGUCCUUCACCGCUGGGAGCUGGCAGGGAAGGUCAGGUGCUGGUUUCUGUCAGCUGGAACAAAUCAAAGUUCAGUUGGUAUCAAGUGGAACAGAAUUGGUUUUACUGAAGUAAUUUUUAUGACAUUUCUAAAUCUCAAAUGUUGAAAAUAGUUGCUUAUGAAGCCUAUUUUAGCACUGUUUCACUGGUAUGUAAUUAUUCAUCGUUGUAGCUUGAACGGUUAAGGAGGAUCGUAGUUCUUCCUGUUCCUGCUUUAAAGUUGGUACUUUAGACUCACAGUGAAAGUCUUCCAGCAGAUGAAAUGGUAGAACUCUCAUUUAGGAAUAUAGAAACCUUUAUGAGUGCAAUGGCAGAUAAAUUUGUUCCUGUUUUUCUUUCAUCGUGACUACACUGCAAUUUAAACAUGCUACCAAGCCAAUAAAUUGAAGUAUUCCUAUCAGCCAAUGUCUGCAUGCUUUAGAUACUUGCCACAAAGCAAGCAUUAAUCCACAAGCCUCAGUAUUUAAGAUUGCUGUUUGACUGGAAGAGGUAGUAGUAGCACCUACUGGGUCAUUGCAGCUGUAGUCUGCAGGACCGCUCAGAUCAUUUGUUACUUGUGCUUAUUAGCUGGCUUGUAUUUUAGUGUGAUCGCUUACCACAGACAGGGAGUUGUUACUUUAUGUUCAGGUAUGAGCUAAGAGUUCCUCAGUACAGGAGGAAAACAGCACUGAACCACAUGCUCAGUGUAGAAGAAUCUUUGUGAGGUUGGCAGCUAGGUGGGGUUUAAAGCAUCAUUUGUUCCUCAGAAUGAACAGAGGUAGGUGACACAGCUGGCUAAAGCACUCCACAAGGAUGGUGGAACCAGCAGAGCACGCACCGCUGAGAAUGGGAGCUCGAAGGGAAACGCGAGGACACAGUUUACACGGCUGAUGGAGACAGGGUUGUUGCUGACCACUUGACAGACUUCCUCUCAAAGCUGUUUAAAUGAGAAUGUCCCUGGCACAAAGAGUACUGCUGACAUGGCUUUUUACAUUACUCUUCCUCAUCAUGCUGGUGCUAAAGUUGGAUGAGAAAGCACCAUGGAACUGGUUCCUCAUUUUCAUUCCAGUUUGGAUAUUUGAUACUAUCCUUUUAGUUAUGUUAAUUGUAAAGAUGGCUGGACGUUGCAAGUCUGGCUUUGACCCUCGCAAUGGCUCCCAGAACAUCAAGAAGAAAACCUGGUAUCUCAUCGCAAUGCUGCUUAAAUUAGCCUUCUGCCUUGCCCUCUGUGCUAAGCUGCAACAGUUUACCACGAUGAAACUAGCCUAUGUAUUUAUCCCAUUGUGGGCCUUGCUUAUUGGGGGUAUGAUUGAACUCGGAUACAAUAUCUUCUACGUAAGAAGAGACUAAGCUGUAUGUGGCUUUCCAGUCGGAGAUGGGUACUAAGCUGCUGGAUUAUCCAUUUUGCCACAAAAGUGAUUCCUAAAGCAGAAUGCCACCUAGGGAAACAUGCUGGAGACUUGAUCUAUACCAGGCUGAAGACCAGAAGUAGACUUGUACCGUUUUUUAUUUUAAAAUGGUCAUACCUUCCCUUGUAAAUAAAAGUCUUUGUUCCACAUAA